UUUUCCCACAUAAACAGACUUAUUAAUACUAUAAAGUUCUGUGACGUAGGCCACUGUCAACCCGCGAUGUGCGUCACACUCGGGGGAUGGGCAAAGCUUUAUUAUCGGUGCUGUAAAAAAAAAAAUGUGUGUGUGCGCGCGUGAGCACGCGUGCGCAAAUUUGACGUGCUGGUCCAAAGGUCAGAGGGCAGAGCCGACAAAAACGAGCGGACGGGGGGCGGCGCUCCAGCAGUCAUCUUCUCCACCUGCCGAGCUGCACCUCGAUCCACUCCCUCCGAUUACAGGUACCCCGCAAAACUACCGAUUUAUUCACCUUUUAUGACGCUUCGGGCUUUUGUCCAUUUUAGAAUUCUUUUUUUUGCCACACAUAAAUCUGGUUUUAAUAUUUUUUCUUUUAAACCAACAUCAGUUCUUGUCAUGGGUACAACAUAUCAAUUUCUUUUCAUUUUUUUAACCUUUAAUUUCCAGUUUGUUUCUCAAAUUAGCUAGCUAGCAAAUCAGAGGCGCGACGAGCCAUCCACCGGGAUUGACUUUUUUGUGUGUGUCUGCAGGAGCGAGGAGACGUUGAUGGAGAUGAAGAGCAUUUUGAAAUCGGACAGAAAGAAAAGCUUGUUCCUCAAGGCGCAGGAUUACAGCACCACCCAGAGCAGCUCCAUUGGGGCCCUGCGCUGGAACCUGCCCCAGGAGGACAUCCAGGCCCACAACUCUGCUCCGAGCAGACCCAUCACCAGCGGCGAACUUACCGGACACUCGCAGCACCAGCAGCAGUCUCGCCAGAACAGCCUGAAGGACUUGCGCAGCCUGCAAGAGUGCGUGCAGUUCAUAGAAAACUGGAAGGAGCAAGUGGACCAGGUUUGCAAGUGCAACGGAGCCAAUCCAGAGGCGUCGGACCGCAAGGCCGAGAAGUCCGGCUCGCGCACUGAGCGCAGUCUGGAGGAGAGCCGGAAACUCAUCUUGGAGUGGGCCAAUGAACUCAGCCAUGUGGACAAGGUUCUGGAGGGGAACCCCUGGUCACCUGAGAGUCAAGAACACAAGAAGGACUUAGACUGCAAUGAGUUUGCGCAACUGAGGGUCAUGGAGUGGGCCAAGGAGGUGCAGAAGGUCUCUGAGAGCUGCGGGGUGCAGAGCGACGAGCUGGGCAAAGUGCUGCGUCUGCUGGGCCUCAAGAAGAAGCGACUGGUCAGCCUGCUGCCUCUGCUCGAGUUUAUCACCUGGUCACUCCUCAAGGAAGACAGCAUGGGGAUGAUCCCACAGUUGUGGUUAGUGGUAAAGCAACGCACGUGGAAAGCGGGGACUUCAAGAUACAUCCCCAACUCAGCUGACGUGACUCUGGACCCAAAGACCAACCACUCGUGGCUGAGCCUGUCCGGGGACCAGCGUCAAGUCCAGGAGGGCCUGUCACGAGCCGAGCUGCCGUACACUUCGCAGCGCUUCGACAGUUGGCCCUGCGUGCUGGCCUGGGAGGGCUACAGCCAAGGCCGCCACUACUGGGAGGUGGACAUCCCCAACAAGGGCUACUGGCGCGUGGGGCUCGCCGCCGUCAACUCCAAGCGCCACGGCCGCGUCCCCAUGUCCCCCAAGACGGGCUUCUGGUGCCUGUGGCGCGGCACGCAACAGUUCUACGCCUGCACCAAGCCCGAGACGCCGCUGCCUGCCGGCCUUGUGCCGCAGCGGGUGGGGAUCUACUUAGACUACGAGGAGGGUCAGGUGUCCUUCUACAACGCUGAAAGCAAGACCCACAUCUACACCUUCACGGGGAACUUCAAGGUGAAGGUGUACCCGCUGUUCGCACCGCUCGACGGCCGCACGCUCAUAACCAUCAUUCCGCCGCACACCGUCUGAAUCCAGGGGAUUGUAGUCCGAACACAUGCCCCUAAAUGCCACAGGAAUAGGAAACGUUGCGCAUUUUGAGGGGGAAAAGUUAUAAUGUUACGAUAACAAAUUCGUAUUUUAGAAUGAAAUCAUCAUCAUUUUUUGGGGGGAGAAUUAAAAAAAUAUAUAUCUUUACGAGAACAAAGACGUAUUUUGUUGGGGAAAAAAGUUAUGAAGGUCAAGUCUUGAACUUUACAGGAACAAAGACAAAUUUUGUCGAGAUAAAAAAAUUGAAGAAAGUCGACUUUUGUUUGGAUAAGAAGUCGAAUAAAGUUGAAUUUUGUCCGGUAAAAUGUUUUAGUAAAUUUGAAUUUUGUUGGGACUUUGUAAAAUACACCUUUUUGUUGACAAAAACUAGUCCUUCUUCCUUUAAUGACACUCAAUUUGUAGCGAGGAAUAAUUGCUUCACUAUGUUAUUAGCGUUACGGUCCCCAUAAGUUGGUAUGCACUUUUAAAACAUAAUAGCACACAAUAUUUUAAUCGCAAAUUAUUUUGCAAAACGCCUACUAUUGGACUUUGUCAAAUAAGCGAAGCAUGAUCAGCUCUUUCACAGUCUGUGCAUCCACAAGCACAGGAAAGUUGCGCAAGCCCUCAAUCACAUCAGUUAUAUAAACAAUAUUUCACCUGCAAAUGAUUUGCAUCCCAAGCGUCGACAUACAUGCGCACACUUUAUAAUGGAAAAAUAAUUGACAGUGUGGGUUUUUUUGUCUCCUUUUCCCAUUAUUUUCUGAAAGAAAAAUGAUGAUUAUUUGCCCAUUCGUCACGAGAGUGCAAUAUCUGUAAAUGUAUUUACCUUGUGUGUGUGCUCAGUUGUCAUUUUGCUGUUUUGUUGACAAGAGGAUUGUUGCUUGAAUAACAAUAAAGUCACAU